AGUGCCCCUGUCCUUUACAGCUGUGCAAUGUGAGCCUGGCGUUGCAUCCCUAUAAUUUAAGUCCAGAUGGGACCAUGAAGUCAUCUAGUCUGACCAAGGCCUGAACCUCACCCAGGUUGCCCUGUGCUGAGCCCCAUGACUUGUGUCUCACUAACGCGUCUCUCGCGAUUGGCUCCAAGGGAGGGGAGGGGGCGGACAGUCCUGCCCCCAGGGGGACGCCAGGCGGCUGCCCCGCUCCCUCCCCCAGCCUGGCCCGCGGGCAUCAUCCAACAGGGCCCAGCGCGGGCUGGGCGGAGCCAGUGGGACCGCGCCCUGCGCUGGUGACGGGCUUCAGCCCUGAUCCCUGCUGCGUUCGCCCCGCUGCAGCCCUUGGCCUCAUGACGCAGCCCGGGAGCAGAGCGCUGGGCCCGGGACCCUCUGCCGCCCGCCCCGCAGGAGAGGCAAAGGAAAGUGUAUGGGGCUCAUGGAGCCAAUAGAGAAACAGAUGCUCCCCAGCCUCCCACGUACACUGGGGCAAAGUGAGCCUGAAGAGCUACCUGCAGUGUGUGUCACAGCGGCACCCUUGGAUGCAUCAGUGAGCUGUGGCUCUGCGCAGUCUGUCUUCGAGACCUUAAGGCCUGCAGACGACGAGAUGAAAAGAAGCCUGAAAACAGAGGCCCACGGUUACUUGAAAACAUUCCCUGCCAUUGUGAGCAUUGCGGAGCUGGAACUGGGGGACUUGAUUGAGAUCUUCCGCUUUGGAUACCAGCACUGGGUCAUCUACGUGGGAGACGGCUACGUUGUUCACCUGGCCCCUCCCACUGAGAUACCCGGGGCAGGCUUUGCCAGCCUGAUGUCCACACUGACCAACAAGGCCCUAGUGAAGAAGGAGCGUCUCCUUGAUGUGGUGGGGAGGCACCGCUACCGAGUUAACAACAAGCAUGACAGGAAGUUCCCCCCGCUGCCAUCAAGGAAGAUAGUGCAGGCCGCUGAGCAGCUGGUGGGCCAGGAGAUGCUCUACAAAGUCACCAGUGAGAACUGCGAGCACUUCGUCACUGAGCUGAGAUAUGGUGUGGCCAGGAGCGACCAGGUGCGGGAUGCCCUGGUGGGGGUGAGCGUCGCUGGGCUGGGGCUGGCUGCUCUGGGCCUCCUUGGGGUUGCAGUCCAAAGGAGAAGACGCCAGAACCAGUAACGGACUUGAAUGGAUCAGAGGAGUUUGGAGUUUUUUGGUUGUUUUUUUGAUCCAAGCAGAAGAGACUUUGCGGCCGUUUUUGGGGUGUGGUGGGAGCUUCAUUUAUGUUGCUCUGUCCUCUCUUUCGGGCGAACACCCUCCCCACCCCCCCGCCGGCAUCAGCACAAGAAUAAAACCAGGAGAUUGGUACAAAGUCA